CUGAGCGCCAGACGCGGAGCUGGGAAAAGAGAGGCAGCGGAGGCGGUGUCAGAGCCAGAGCCAAAGACAGAACCAGAGCCAGGGCCAGAGUCGCAGCCGCACGCAGAAACACACCGACCGGCGGGGCUGGGCACGCAGAACCGGUCCAGCGAAUUGUCCCGCGACGCGAGCCAGGUCCCAGAGAACCGGGCUUCGGACUGGCCUGGGAGUCAGGGACGCGAAAGCCGAUCCCGAGUCGGGUUUUGCUCGGCCUCCGACGGGGGCUGGCCUUUUUGAAGGCACCUUCUUCAAUAGCAAGACCAAGCAGCCCACCAUGACCGAAAACUCCACGUCUACUCCUGCUACCAAGCCCAAGCGGGCCAAGGCUUCCAAGAAGUCUACAGACCACCCCAAGUACUCAGACAUGAUCGUGGCUGCCAUCCAGGCAGAGAAGAACCGCGCUGGUUCCUCGCGCCAGUCCAUCCAGAAGUACAUCAAGAGCCACUACAAGGUGGGCGAGAAUGCCGACUCGCAGAUCAAGUUGUCCAUCAAGCGCCUAGUUACCACCGGGGUCCUCAAGCAGACCAAAGGAGUGGGUGCUUCGGGGUCUUUCCGGCUGGCCAAGAGCGAUGAGCCUAAGAGGUCAGUGGCCUUCAAAAAGACGAAGAAAGAAGUCAAGAAGGUGGCCACGCCAAAGAAGGCAGCCAAGCCCAAGAAGGCAGCCUCCAAAGCCCCCAGCAAGAAGCCCAAAGCCACCCCAGUCAAGAAGGCCAAGAAGAAGCCGGCUGCCACGCCCAAGAAAACCAAAAAACCCAAGACUGUCAAAGCCAAGCCAGUCAAGGCAUCCAAGCCUAAGAAGGCCAAACCAGUGAAACCCAAAGCCAAGUCCAGUGCCAAGAGGGCCAACAAGAAGAAGUGACAGUGAAGCUUUUCUUGUGGACACUCCUGCCUGUCUCCUUAUUUUCUGUAAAUACUUUUUUCCUUCUCUUAAUCCUCAUCUGCAGCCCCUUCCCCCUUUGUAUUCUGACUUAAUGGGAGGCAGAAUUUGGAUUUUUCAGAAAUUAGGGAAUAGUUCAUUUUUCCUUAACCAGUCGUGCAAGGACAGCAAAAACAAUCUCAUCUCUGUAAUGAUGAGAAAUACUUUGUUCUGUUAAUUUGUUAUUAAUCUAAGGGUUUGGGGUGGGUUGGUGUGUUUUGUUGAUAUGAAGGUAAAAGUGGGGAGUGGGCGGUAUCAGAAAGACAGCUUGUCCUGGCUAGUUGAGAGGGAGCCCAGGAAUUGUGAGGUUUGUAGGAGUAUCUUUUAAGACAAGUGAGCUUUAAAUUGAGCAGCCCUUGAGAGUUUCAGAACCUUGUUGGGGAGGAGAGGGGUGGCAGCAGCUGGACACCAAGUAGGGAGGUGGAAUAAACCCUCUGGGCUGACUUCCACCUCCCAAUGGUGAGCAGUGGGGGAUCCAAAUCCAGUUUCCUUCUCACUUCUGUUAGUCCUUGUGGCCUCCCUAUUGUCCUGGGGGAAGGGAGGGGGUGUCAAAAUGACAGCUGGUCUGAGAAGCUGUGGCUUCUCUCAGCUGGAAACUAGCCAUGGGGGGGAGGGUCUUUGUGGCUUCGGAAAGUCUCCUGUUAUGGGAGUGGAAACUUUGGGGGAAGGGUGGGGAGUCAGUCAGCCAAGUGCCUCAGUGAGCCCUAUUGAAACUUGGGUUUUUCCACGCAAUUGGAUUGUAUUCCCCUGGUUUUUGGUUCCUCCUGUACAAGAGGUGGCUUUGGUGGUCUGGUGAGUCUCCAGCCCUGCCACCGCCACUUAAAAACUUCCCGACCUCUUUUACUUCUGAGUAUUUUCUAAGUAGUGGUAGAUGGGGGAGGGGUAGUGGGCGGGGAGUGGACAGUAAGACAUACUGCAGUCGUUUUUUCAAUCGCUAAGUAGUUUUACAGAGCUAGGUCUGUGUAUGUGCGUGUAAAUGUGUAUAUAUCUAUCUAGAGCUAGCACUUAACGUUUCACACACGGGAGCUGGGAGAAAAAAACCUGUACAGUCGUCUUUUCUCAUAAUAUAGGAAAGCGCACAAUUGCGCGUCGUAACCCUUCCCCCUUUUUUUGUAUAAAAAAAGAAAAACAAAAAGUGUUAUUUGUGCCGGGAAGAAUUUGCUGUCUUUGUAAUUUUAAAACUUUAAAAUAAAAACUAAAAAGGACAAAAA